AUGGUUCAAUCUGCUGUCUUAGGGUUCCCAAGAAUCGGUCCAAACAGAGAAUUAAAGAAGGCCACUGAAGGUUACUGGAACGGUAAAAUCACCGUCGAUGAAUUGUUCAAGGUCGGUAAGGACUUGAGAACUCAAAACUGGAAGUUGCAAAAGGAAGCUGGUGUUGAUAUUAUCCCAUCCAAUGACUUCUCCUUUUACGACCAAGUCUUGGAUCUGUCUUUGUUGUUUAACGUCAUUCCAGAUCGUUACACUAAGUACGAUCUAUCUCCAAUCGACACUUUAUUUGCCAUGGGUAGAGGUCUACAAAGAAAGGCCACUGAAACCGAAAAGGCCGUCGAUGUCACCGCUUUGGAAAUGGUUAAAUGGUUUGACUCUAACUACCAUUACGUUAGACCAACUUUCUCUAAGACCACACAGUUCAAAUUGAACGGCCAAAAGCCAGUUGAUGAAUUUUUGGAAGCCAAGGAAUUAGGUGUUCAAACUAGACCUGUCCUAUUAGGUCCAGUUUCUUACUUAUUUUUGGGUAAGGCAGACAAAGACUCUCUUGAUUUGGAACCAUUGUUCCUUUUGGAACAAUUGUUGCCUCUAUAUGCUGAGGUCCUAUCUAAAUUGGCUGCUGCUGGUGCCACUGAAGUUCAAAUUGACGAACCUGUCUUAGUCUUGGACUUGCCUGCUAACGCUCAAGCUGCCAUCAAGAAGGCUUACACUUACUUCGGUAAGCAAAGCAAUCUACCAAAAAUUACUUUGGCUACUUACUUCGGUACCGUUGUCCCUAACUUAGAUGCCAUCAAGGGUUUACCGGUUGCCGCUUUACACGUUGACUUUGUUAGAGCUCCUGAACAAUUCGACGAAGUCAUUGCCGCCAUCGGUGACAAACAAACCUUGUCCGUUGGUAUUGUUGACGGUAGAAACAUUUGGAAAAACGAUUUCAAGAAGUCUUCCGCUAUCGUUAACAAGGCUAUCGAAAAGUUAGGUGCUGACAGAGUUGUUGUUGCCACUUCUUCCUCUUUGUUGCACACACCAGUCGAUUUGAACAACGAAACCAAAUUGGAUGCUGAAAUCAAGGGCUUCUUCUCUUUCGCUACCCAAAAAUUGGACGAAGUCGUUGUCAUUACCAAAAACGUUUCCGGUCAAGAUGUUGCUGCUGCUCUAGAAGCUAACGCCAAGUCUGUCGAAUCCAGAGGCAAGUCCAAAUUUAUCCAUGACUCCGCAGUUAAGGCCAGAGUUGCCUCUAUUGACGAGAAAAUGUCUACCAGAUCCGCCCCAUUCGAACAAAGACUACCUGAACAACAAAAAGUUUUCAACUUGCCAUUGUUCCCAACAACCACUAUUGGUUCUUUCCCUCAAACUAAAGAUAUCAGAAUUAACAGAAACAAAUUCAACAAGGGUACCAUCUCUGCUGAAGAAUAUGAAAAAUUCAUCAAUUCUGAAAUUGAAAAGGUCAUCAGAUUCCAAGAAGAAAUCGGUUUGGACGUUUUAGUCCACGGUGAACCAGAAAGAAACGAUAUGGUUCAAUACUUUGGUGAACAAAUUAAUGGUUAUGCCUUCACUGUUAACGGUUGGGUUCAAUCUUAUGGCUCCAGAUAUGUUAGACCACCUAUUAUUGUUGGUGACUUAUCCAGACCAAAGGCUAUGUCCGUCAAGGAAUCCGUUUAUGCUCAAUCCAUCACUUCUAAGCCGGUGAAGGGUAUGUUGACUGGUCCAAUUACCUGUUUGAGAUGGUCCUUCCCAAGAGAUGAUGUCGACCAAAAGACUCAAGCCAUGCAAUUAGCUUUGGCUUUGAGAGAUGAAGUUAACGAUUUGGAAGCUGCCGGUAUUAAGGUUAUCCAAGUUGAUGAACCAGCUUUAAGGGAAGGUUUACCAUUGAGAGAAGGUGCUGAAAGAUCUGCUUACUACACCUGGGCCGCUGAAGCUUUCAGAGUUGCUACAUCUGGUGUUGCCAACAAGACUCAAAUUCACUCUCAUUUCUGUUACUCUGACUUGGAUCCAAACCAUAUCAAGGCUUUGGAUGCUGAUGUUGUUUCCAUCGAAUUCUCCAAAAAGGACGAUGCUAACUACAUUGCCGAAUUCAAGAACUAUCCAAACCACAUCGGUUUAGGUUUAUUCGAUAUCCAUUCUCCAAGAAUUCCAUCAAAGGAUGAAUUUAUCGCCAAGAUUUCAACCAUCUUGAAGAGCUACCCAGCUGAAAAGUUCUGGGUUAACCCAGAUUGUGGUUUGAAGACCAGAGGCUGGGAAGAAACUAGAUUGUCUUUGACUCAUAUGGUCGAAGCCGCCAAGUACUUCCGUGAACAAUACAAGAAUUAA